AUGGGCGCCUUCAAUAGAGGUUAUGCUCAGUCACUACAAGGCUCCUGGCUUCAAGCUGGCAUCACCCUCUGCUCCGCCUGGGCAUUCACUCUUUUCGGCUAUGAUCAAGGAGUCCUCGGCGGGCUGAUCGCACUGCCCGCCUUCCUUUCAGCCAACCGAAUCGCCCCAUCCGAUGCUGACCUACAGGGCACCAUUGUUGCCAUCUACGAUAUCGGCUGCCUCACUGGCUGCAUCAUUGUAGGCAUUGUUGGCCAAAAGAUGGGACGUCGUCUGUACAUUGCUAUCGGAGGCGUUCUGCUAUGCGUUGGCGCCGGGCUGCAGGCCGGGGCGAAAGGGAGUUCCUAUCUCAUUGCAGGUCGAGUGAUCGGGGGCAUAGGCAUGGGGUUGAACACCACAAUGGUACCUAUUUGGGUUGCGGAGACCUCCAAGGCUAACAAACGGGGUGCACUCAUCGCAGCACAACUAGCUAUUGUGAUUCUGGGGCUCACUAUAGCAUAUUGGUUUGACUUCGGAAUGAUCCGCAAUCAUCCCGGCACAUCUGCUGUUUGGCGCCUUCCAAUAGCAUUCCAAGUCAUCUUCAUCAUCCUCACUUGGGCUUCCAUCUUCUUCCUGCCGGAGUCUCCCCGAUAUCUCUAUGCCAAUGGUCACACCGAGGAUGCCGACAGCAUCAUGGCUCGCAUCUACUCGGUUCCCGUUGAUAGCCUGGAGGUCGCCAACCACCGUUCCAACGUUCUUGCAGCUCUUGAGGCGGAGAAAGAAUCUAAAUUUGGCCUCAAAAAUUUCUUCUACGACUCUUCUCCAGUGAACACCACCUGGAGGCUGUGGCUAGGCGUUCUUGUGCAAUUUUUCCAACAAAUGGAUGGGAACAACAUUGUCUCUUAUUACGCGACGUAUCUCUUUAUCAACUCGCUUGGAAUGUCCCAGGAUCGGGCCGCAAUUACGUCUGGCGGGGUUACAUUACUCUUCCUUGGUGGCACAUGUACCGCGAUCUGGACGGUUGAGCAUCUCGGCCGACGGGCGGUGAUGCUCUACGGCGCCAUUUUAUGCUCUAUUUUCAUGAUUCUGUUUACCAUUGGUCUGGCUGUCGAUACGGACUCAUCCAAUAAGCUUGCUGUUGUCAGUAUCUUCUUGUUUGAGUUCUCUUUCGGUGCUUCUUGGUGCUCUUUGCCGUGGGUGUAUGUGCCAGAGAUAGUGCCACUGAACUUGAGGCAUGUGGGUACAGCGAUGGGGGUGUUCACACAGUGGUUUAUAACCUUUAUUGUUGUCAAGUUUGGACCUAUGGGUAUUCAGUCCAUAGGAUGGCGCUUCUACCUCCUCUUCUGUGUGUUCAAUGUCCUGGCAGUGGUGUUUGUCUACUUUUGUGUCAAGGAGACGAUGGGACUGAGCUUGGAGGAGAUAGACGUCCUCUUUGCGCGAAAGGAGUACAAGCACGUUCUUCAGGCCAGACUGCGAGGGGACACAGAGGCAGAAGACAAGGGAAGGGUCGAAGAGCAAGAGGAAGUGGUGGUUCAGGAGAAAGUGGAGGCGAAGUAA